CUUGGUGGCUCCAAAAAGACUACUGGCACAAUAAUGCCAUCCUCACUGGGCCUGCCCUCCGUGGACCCUGCAGCCACCCCAGAGAACCCUGAGGCAGCACGCCUCCGCUUCCGUGGGUUCCGCUACCAGGAGGCAGCAGGCCCUCAAGAGGCCCUGGCCCUGCUCCGGAAGCUGUGCCACCAGUGGCUUCAGCCAGAGGUGCACUCCAAGGAGCAGAUGCUGGAGCUACUGGUGCUGGAGCAAUUCCUGGGUGCGCUACCCCCUGAGAUCCAGGCCUGGGUGCAGGGCCAGAAGCCAGGCAGCCCUGAGGAGGCUGCAACCCUGGUUGAGGGACUGCAGCAUGACCCUGGGCAGCUGCUGGGCUGGAUCACAGCCCAUGUCCUGAAGCAAGCAGUGCUCCCAGCAGCACAGAAGGCAGAGGACUCACUGGGGAGCCUCCACCCUUCAGGGAUAGUAGAACCCCUCAGCACAGCCAUUGGGGAGGGGCCAACGGGUGCCCAGAUGGAGGGGUCUGCCCAGCUCAGCUGCAAUGUGAAGAAGGAGCCUGAUGCCGAUGGGCAGGAGAUGGCACCUGCCAGUCCCCCAAAUCCAGCCCAGUCCCGAGAGGGGCCAGUUGGACCUGGGGAACCGGACUCUGCCUCCUUCCACCCAUCCAGGAUUCAGGAGGAGUGGGGGCUGCUGGACCCGUCACAGAAGGAAAUGUACUGGGACGUGAUGCUGGAGAAGUACGGCACGGUGGUCUCCCUGGGGGCAGCCAGGCCACCCGCCAAGGCCCCACCCCUCACUUGUGCCAGCCCCUCGCCCGCCCAGUGCCAGGACUGGUGCCUGACUGACCGACCCCCAUCAGGGUUACCGCCCCCUGGGCCCGACACGCGGACUGAGGCAGAGCCCAGGGCACGGAGCGCAGAGGUGGAGGGCCCUGGAAGCCUCUGCCCCGGAGCUGAGAGCGAGAGCCACGGGGAGGGUCCGCAACGCAGCCUCGAGCCCCUACCUCCCUGGGAGGGCCCGUCGGGGUCUGCUGCUUCGGUCCCACCUCCACCGGUGCCGGGCGCUGCGCGGAGCAAGCCCUACACGUGUGAGCAGUGCGGCCGUGGCUUCGACUGGAAGUCUUUGUUCGUCAUUCACCACCGGACGCACGCGGGUGGGCAGGGCUCGCGGGCCCCGGCCUUGGACGUAGGUGGCGCUGAGAAGCCGCUGCAGGGUCACCGGGAGCCGGGCGCAGCGCGCCAUUCCCGACGCGCGCCCCCGGUACCGCGGAACUACUCGUGCGAGGAGUGCGGGCGCAGCUUCAGCUGGAAGUCGCAGUUGGUCAUCCACCGCAAGAGCCACGCUGGCCAGCAGCGCCACUUCUGCGGCGACUGCGGCCGCGGCUUCGACUGGAAGUCCCAGCUGGUCAUCCACAGGAAGAGCCACCGGCCAGAGGGCCCGUGA